GUUAUCUAAAGUGUCAAUUAUUGAUUUAAUUUACAGAUUGAAUGAGGAAGAAAGAUUAUGCUUGAUAUGGCAAUAAUAUGUAAAAUACGUAUUUUAAUUGUUUCUAUGCAGAUAUUUCUGUUGCAUGUUUCAGGUGCCUCACUGAAAAGUAAUGAAAACAGUAACCAAAUCAACGAGAGUUUAGUUAUCGGUAUUUUUACUGGAAUCAUGAUCUGUAUGAGUUGUUAUGUUGUAACUGGGUGGAUAGUUGACAUAGUCAGAAAAAGGCAUGUAUUUUGUAAGCGUUUCUCGACAUCAGAUAACGAAUACAGUUAUGCGGAUACCAGCAGAGAGAAUGUGCGCCACACAGACUAUGUUGAUCUACCUACUCUUCACUCACAAAUAAGAUCUGGAAAUGGAAAUGACCUGUCAAAUGGAAAGACAUCUUCUGAUUCACAGUACAUGAACAUGAAAGAUACAGAUGGGGUGGUCAGCACAUACAUGGAAAUGUCUGGAAACGCAGGACAUUCUGAAAAUGAUCUAUAUGUGGAUAUUCGUCUUUGAAUCUCUGAAAUAAUUAAGACAUAAACUAUCUUCAUAUGUGUUCCAAAUUAGUUUACAAAAGGUUAACAUUUUAGAAACAAUCUACAUUCAUAUGUAAUGUUUGCAUUAUAAUUGUGUUUUGGUCUAGCAAUUGAGAAACGGAGGUCUCCUUUUCAAAUAAAACACUUGUACCAUUAGUCUAAUAAUCCACAUCCAUCAAUAAUUUAUAGUGAUUACUAUGCUGUCAUUGUAAAUUAAUUUAUACAAUAAAUAGUACC